AUGUCUAGCAACAACACUCCGAAGCCGAACUCCCCAGCAGUCCUCUCGACGCCUCCAGGCUUCAGAAGCCGCCAUGACUCCAUCAACUCUAUAUCUACGGCUUCGCAGGCCGACAAAGACCAGUUGGCCCAUACUCUCAACCGGAUCCAUACCUCUGCGAGCCAGUCCGACUCCUUGACAACCUUCAACGAUUUUGCUCCUCCUCCUGCCUCCCUUCCCGCAACAGAAACAAAGGCCCUAGCCGGCGAGUUCGUUCAGAAUGGGCUCAGUGGACUGUACAGUCGUCUCAAGGAGGCAGUUGGCGCCGUUGGCGCCGUCGGGGCGAGGACGCAGGAUGCAGAUGACGCUGACAGUUUCGAUGCUGCUUCGAAACGCAGCACCAGCACAACUGCCACAACAUCAAAAACCCCAACUGCCUCCCUUGGCCGCGCUGAGACUGCUGCAACCAGCUCUUCAUUUAACUCGGCUACGACAAACGAUGGCCCCAUGACAGCCACUUCAUCGUCAGGGGUUAACACUGUCAUGUCCGACAGCCAGUCUCAUCCCGCUCAGUCCUCCAAGGCGACUUCGAUUUCCGCCAUGACAGCUUCUAAAUCUAGUACGUCUAGCCGGCAGAGCCUACCCAACGCAACCAAGGCUUCGGCGGUCACGGCUAUCAAUCCGGAGGUCGCGCCCGCUACGGCUACGAGAAGCUUGCCGCAUGUAGACGAUGGACCCGGCCGGUCAUCUGGAAGGCGGAGUAUCAGCAAAACCGAUCCACGACCGCUCGUUAUUGGCUCUGAAAGCUCUCACAAAUUCGAUGUUCUGGAGCCCAAAGUUACUGCAGCCGUUGACCGAACCCACGCAAGCUCACGGUCGAGACGCGAAGAAGUUGCUAGUGUUGAUGGCCCCUCUGAAAAGCCAUCGAGUCCUGUGAAGAUCAACGCCCCACCGCUACCUAAGUUGCAGACGACAGAUCCCCGAUCACCGGUUUCUUCGGCUGCAUCGAUGCUUGCUGCUCCUAAGCGACCAGCGGUUAUCGACCGCAUAAGCCGUUCAGGGUCGCCAGGAUACGCACCCUCGAGAUCGUCAUCUAUGGAGCAUGUCACUGCGGAGCCAAGUCCAAUCAGCACCACUGCACAUGAUUCGGUAUACCAUGAUUCGUUCGCCCACGACUCCCAACCCAAGCACGGAAGGACAGGAGCAUUGCGUAUCCCUGGCACCACGACCAACGAGGGUGCACCAGAGCAAGUAAAUGCAAGACUGGAUCGGAUGCGGCGACAGGUCCUAAGUAAGGAGUUCUGGAUGGCCGACGAAACUUGCAAAGAAUGUUUCAUUUGUGGACAACCAUUCUCAGCGUUCAGGAGAAAACACCAUUGUCGAACUUGCGGCUGUAUCUUUGAUUCCAAGUGCACCUCAAUCAUCCCAGCUUCCAAAUUCGGAAUGACAGGAACUCUGCGGGUUUGCAAGACAUGCCUGAAAGUCAUUAACCAGCGUCUCUAUGAAGGAAGUGGUUCUGAGGACUCCGGGGAUGACUCUUUUCUACCCGCUAUUUUCCGUCAAACAAAGGCAACACCCAAAAUAACACAGGCUGAAGCUGAAGUCAUAGAGCCCAGUUUCGCAGACAAAAUGGAAGGCCUAGGCGAUGCUAGGUCUGUUCAAACUCCAAUGAUGGCAAUCCCGGCCACCAGACGAAUCAACGACUCCAACCGGAACUCUGCCAUUCUGGAAAUUGACGCGCCACAACUCAGUCGCCCCAGUUCAUCUCGCUCCCUUAGAUCCUUGACAUCUGCCAAUCGGCCACAGUCGUCGAGCCACAAGCGACAUCAUUCAAAGCAUCACAACAACUUUCUUGCCCGGUUUAAGCCAAUGCCUAUGCCGGAUGACAGAGCACCUUUCCGUAAAGGCAUCACCGAUGAGAUGACAAAGAAGCCCAAAUAUCCUGCGUUCCAUGACGACAAUAUCAUUGACCCAGAGCUGGCUGCAUACAUGUCAGACGAGUCCAGCGGUGACGAACAAAUGAGCAUAUUUGCUACAAUGUCGAGCGCUGAUCUACAGCCGUCUAGUUACGACCAUGAGAAGGCUAGCUUUGGACCAUUCUUGAGUGCAGGCAGAAGGCAUCGACUAGGCCGAGGCGAGAAAAGCGUAAGCGGAUUGAGCUUCACCAGCCGUGGGAUGGAUGACAAUGCCGCUUCUGGUAGCUUCGUUGGCCACGGUCGACCAGCCAGAAGACGCAAUUUGAGCAACGUGAGCCAUCAGAUGCGAUCUCCACGCCCCAAAUCUGGAAUCUUCAAGGGGCCUUCAGCCUCUAACGAGAACUUCUUCACUAUCGAGAACCCUGCCAUUGAGGCCACCAAAUUGACCAGAAGCGACUCUAUGCAAGACGAUAAGCAGCCACAGAUCGAAUUGAAUCCCUCAAGCAUGCUCCAUGUGAAGAAACUUCUCCAUCAGCUUCUGGAAGAUUCAGGCAUACCCAACGUACCCGCUUGGGAAAAGGCUUUGAUUCCUAUCCUGCUUCAAUGCACAGACGAUGUGACGCCCGACAUCAGGGCUGGGGAUGACAUGGAUAUCCGUCAUUACGUCAAACUCAAGAAAAUUCCAGGAGGCAAGCCAGGCGAUACCAGUUACGUCUCCGGAGUUAUAUUCACGAAGAACUUAGCCCUCAAGAGUAUGCCUCGCCGCAUCAUCAACCCCCGUAUUGUCAUCGUUUCCUUCCCUAUUGAGUACCAAAGGCAUCAGCAACACUUCAUGAGUCUCCAGCCAGUGAUCGAACAAGAAAAGGAGUUUUUGCGAAUUGUUGUCAACCGCAUCAUCAACUUGCGUCCACAGCUGCUACUUUGUGAAAAGUCUGUCUCUGGCGUUGCUUUGCAAUACUUAUCCGAGGCGAACAUCGCAGUUGCAUACAACGUUAAGCCUUCGGUGAUCGAAGCAGUAUCGCGAUGCGCCGAAACGGAAAUCAUUUCUUCUCUUGACAUGCUGGCCUUGCAAGUACAAGUUGGCAGAUCUGGUGGCUUUGAAGUCAAAACCUACGUCAACAAAAACUACCCUGGCAAGAAGAAAACGUACAUUUUCCUGUCUGGCUGCUCUGAGAAGCUGGGAUGCACCAUUGCUUUGCGUGGCGACUCGACUGAGGUUCUCUCUAAAAUGAAGAAGAUUACAGAGUUCAUGGUUUACGUGGUCUACAACUUGAAGUUGGAGACUUGUUUGAUGAGAGAUGAGUACAUCCAGCUGCCUGCAGAGGUUGAUGAGUCAUCGUCCCUGGCUUCAUCGCUUCGCCAACCACCCGAGGAUGCGCCACGAUCUCUCAGCGCCUCCAUUGAGAGCGGGAAAAACGUACCGUUAGUCUCCAAAACAUCGCCCACAGACUCCGAACUUCCCUCUCAGACGAGCAAUGGUACAUCCAUGGUCACCGCCGAAGGCACUAUCUCAUCUGAUCAAACCGAGGAGUCGCCUGAAGAUGAGAGGCCAAAACUUGUAUCGUUGCAUGCAUCUCAUGUUCCGCCUACGUCUCCUGAGUCGCAAGUACCAGAAGAUGUUCCAAUGCCAACAUAUUAUAGCGACAUGGUUGCGAGGUAUGAGACGAAAAUUCUGUCUGCAUCUCCGUUUGUCAAGUUUGCCCAGCCUUAUCUGCUCAUGAAGGCUCGUGAGCAAGAGCGAAGAUUGGUCUACCUAAAACGGUUGCGGGACCAGGAUGUUAUAGAGGAGCAAACAGACUGUGAAAAAUCUAAGUCGCAGAGGUUUCAGCUUAUCAAGCCGGAGAUGGUUCAUGCAAUCGGACAGAAGGCACCACGACAAAUCAUGGAGGUACUCCAUGCCGUCCACGACGCUGAGUACGACAAGGCACUAUACAACUACCAGACCCAAACGCGACAGUGGGAAAACUAUAUCCAAGGCAAUCUCGACUUGUUUGACCCCUACUCUCACCAGAAUAUCGUCGUGUUGUACUCGGAGAUAUGCACAGAGACAAAGAUCCCUUGCUCAGAGCCUGGAUUGAUUGCCAUUGGAUUCUAUGACGAGCACGUAGACGACAGCGGAAGCAUGGACCCAGAUUGUACAUUGGGUCAGUACAUCGAAGACCUCUGCAUAAACAAGGAUUCGAUUUGCACGGCCAACGGUUGCGAUCGCAAAAUGACUGAGCAUCACCGUACAUAUGUGCAUGACGAGUCACGGGUUACCAUCUUUGUCGAGCAGCCCGCCCUAAAGCAGCGGCGUAACAUGGAUGGGAUCACCAUGUGGAGCUACUGCAAGACCUGCAAGAAGAACUCGCCGGAAAUGGGAAUGUCUGACAGCACCUGGAAGUACUCCUUUGGUAAGUAUCUCGAGCUCCUUUUCUGGAGCAGAGGGCUGCGGCUCCAUGAAAUUACGGGUUGCUCCCACGACCAUCAUCGAGAUCAUAUUCGUUAUUUUCAAUACCGCGACACAUGGGUCAGGAUUCAUUACGACCCCAUUGACCUCCUUGAAAUCAUUGUCCCUAGAGCUCGCAUCACUUGGAAGGUCGAAAAUGACUUGAAGCUCAAGAAUGAAAUAUUCAACAAGAUUGAGGAAAGAUGGGUGCGCUUCAUCAAUUCCGUCAAACUUAGGAUCAAGAGCAUUCGUAUCGAUAGUGUUCUGCCUGAGAAAGCGGAUGCUUGCAAAGCCGAGGUCGACAGACUAGCCAAGAAGGCUCACGAAGACCAAAUAUUGUUGACUCGGAGGCUUCAGGAAACCUACGUCAACUCCAAAUACUACGAAGUUAUCCCUUUCAACGCGAUAGUCAGGGAGAUGUUAGAGAAAGCUGGCGACUGGGACACUGCCUUCUCCAAAUUUGAGACAGAUUUCCUUCCGGAUAAAGAUCUGCGGCAGUUGACAAUGAUUCAGCUGAAGAAAAUAUUCACUGAUAACGAGUCUCGAGAAUCUCUUCCUUCAACAGAUGGUACCGCGUCAACUACUGAUUCUGGGGAGCCUCCUUCGCAGACAUUCUCGGAUGCAGAUGAGAAAUCAUCAACCCAACCUACGGAUCCAACCGAACCCAGCACAGACGAAAGUGUAGAUGCUACGAAAACCGAAGAGCAAGAGAAGGAACAUGAGCAUGAGCCUGAAAGCGAAUCAGGCCCUCUUUCAGCUCCUCUUCCUAUGUCUACGUCAGAGCCAGACCAGCAACCGGAAGAGCAAACAGAGCAGAGAGAGAACGAGGUUUCCAAAGACAAAGACGAAUCAACCUUGGAGGGUAGUAAGAUCAGCCCGCCCGCUGAGGCUGACCUGGACAGGGUGGAAUCUCUAGAUCUUGCUACUCCAGGCCCAACUACGAUCAAGUCUCCAUUUGCCUUCGCCGCUACCGAAGGGAACGAGGAAACGCCAGCGGGUCCUAGCAGCACUGAGUCACCCUCUUCCACUGCCCGACCUUCACUUACCUCUACGUCUACCGGCAUCUCUCUGUCAGAGAAAGUUGAGCAGCUCCGUCGCGAACACCAAGCGAUGGGUACCGAAACGCCUUCGGCGGAGGAGCCAGCCGAGGCGCCGCCAAAGCUGAAUCCCGAACGCGUUGUCGCUCGCAGAGCUCCGAUGAUUAGGACUUUGUCACAGCCUGCUCAGACACUGCCAAGGUCACAACCAAGCUUCGGAAAGCCAAUUGUGCCGAAAGACAGUAUAGGUGCUGGCGAGACCUCAACUGAAACUUCUUUCAAAAUAGACAAGAAGCCGUUCGACCGCCUAGGGUUGGGAAUGAAAAGCCAUAGAAAAGCCGGCCCUUCUUCAAUUCCUCGGCUUAUUACUAAGAAGAAGGAUUCACAUGUGUCAUCACAGGUGUCUAGAAUUGCUCGACACUUUGAACAGUUGAGCCGCGAAUUUGAGAAGGAGAGACAACGUGAGGAUCGGAGAAAGCGCUUGGCUAAGGGAAACCAGCCUCGAGCAGGCUUGCCGCGAUCGGCAACCAAGGCCAUCGUAGAGGUCUACCACAACAUUGACAACGCUGUGCAAGAGCCGGGACCGUCGUCUACCGAACAAAACAACGAGGUCAAGAUUCUUGAAUCCAAGACAGCGCCUGUCACCCCAGCACCGGAUACGGUGCAAACAGAGCCCACGCCUGUUACGCCCCCUGUUGAAGAAGCGCAGCCCGUGCCAGAAGCACCCCCUCAGUCCGACGAACACCAUGUUGGUGGGGAGACGGACGACACCGCAACCGUUACUGCUAGUCACGGGGGUUCUGACGAUGAGGGUCAGAGCGAUACCGAACAAUCGAUUUUAGAUGACUUGCUGCCUGAUGUCAAGGAGCUAGCCGACUCUCUCGAGCCCAGCACAGAGAUCCCAUUGGAAUUGCCGAAGCAUCAAAAGACUAGCCUGAUGAAGAUGCUUACGAACUUCUGGGCUGAGCGAUCAGCAAGCGGCUGGCCUCAGCUUGAUUACCCAGUGAACGCGAGCGAUCACAUCUUCCUCGACUCGGAUGUUAUAGUAAGAGAAGAUGAGCCAAGUUCCGUUAUCGCAUUCGCACUGAGCUCGGACGACUACCGUACAAAACUGGCCGAUAUCCGCCGCCAGGAGCGGAUGGCGAUACAGAGAGAUCAUGAGGCAUCCAAUCUCGACGGUAAGUCGUCAGGCAUGUCAGACACUGGCGGUGAAUUCGUGAUGGAAGAGGGCGAGUUAGAGAAGAGCUUGCUUAGAGCAACGGGGACCCAUUUGAAAUACCAGUUCAAAGAGGGCUCCGCAACGAUGCUCUGCAAGAUUUUCUACGCAGAGCAAUUUGACGCGUUACGGCGGAAAUGUGGCGUUGCAGACCGGAUCGUCGAGUCUCUCUCCCGUUGCUUGAAAUGGGACUCAAAGGGAGGCAAAACCAAAUCGGUCUUCCUCAAAACUCUUGACGACAGACUUGUGUUGAAGGGGUUAUCUCCAAUCGAGACAUCUGCUUUCCUCCGUUUUGCGCCAGCCUAUUUUGGCAUCAUGGCAGAGGCUCUGUUCCAUGACUUGCCCUCGGUGAUUGCCAAGAUGCUGGGAUUCUUCCAACUCAUCAUAAAGAACCCUGUCACUGGCGUAGAGAUCAAGUUGGACCUGUUGCUCAUGGAAAACCUGUUUUACGACCGUGGCCCAACGCGUCUCUUCGACUUGAAGGGUUCCAUGCGUAACCGCAAGAUACAAUCCACAGGCGAACAGAAUGAGGUGCUUCUUGACGAAAAUAUGGUAGAGUUCAUUUACGAAUCACCCUUAUUUGCGCGGGAGCACUCCAAGAAGCUUUUGAGAGCAUCUGUCUGGAACGACACCCUUUUCCUUGCUCGGCAAAAUGUCAUGGAUUACUCCUUGAUGAUUGCAGUUGACGAAUCCAGGAAAGAGUUGGUCGUCGGUAUCAUUGAUUGUAUCCGUACUUAUACUUGGGACAAGAAGCUUGAGAGUUGGAUCAAGGACCGUGGUUUUGCAGGCGGUGGCAGGAAUCGUCCGACAGUUACCAGUCCGAAGGAGUACAAGUCCCGUUUCCGUGAGGCAAUGGCGAGAUACAUCCUCCAAGCACCAAACUGCUGGCAUCAAUUCGGCGCGCCUCAGCAGAUGGCUAGCACCAUGAGACCACGCUUUGAAUCUGAUGCAAAGCCGGAGUGA